UUCUUUUUUUUUUGGGUUGCGAUCGGCAUCCAAAAGAGAUUCGCCAGUCUUGGGGAAAUCGCAGAAAAAUAAAAAUGAAGUUGAUGUGUUGUAUUUCCAGUGAGAACUCAAAGCUUCUGGUCUACAAGUGUCUAGGAAAUCGGAGGCUGCACAGGUAAAAACAGAAAAGCUAACCAUUUCAUCAUGUUGUUCUGCUCACUGCUUUCUACCAGGCCUUCAAUGAAGGAGGUUGUUCACAUAUUGCUUGCUUAGAUGAGGAAAUCAACUAGCUUAUGGCCAAACGAUUGCUUGGAAUGAGUAUAAUGUUGCUCCUCUCCUAAACAACUCUAAGCGUGAGAAAGAUUUAGAAGAUGACCAUGCUAGUUUGGAUUCUAGUUGUUUUACCGCUGAUGAGCUAAAGCAACGGAAUUUUACGGCAAUAAGUAAGUGUACUUUUAUAAUUUAUCCAUUUUGUUUGAAUUUUGAUAAUUUUAAAAUCAUAAGUCAUCUCUACAAGCCAAAAUUGUUGUUGUUAAUAACCUUUUUCUAAACAUCAAAACAAAGUUGUGUAUUGGUCAAAUAGUGCUAAACUUUCCCUGUCCGAAAUCCCAAUAUGCGUACCAUAGUGUCUCUCAGAAAUUCUACGGGGAACUAGUUUUUGUUAUUUUCUGAUUUUGAUUAAGGAGAGGAGUGGGAUCUAGCAUGGAGGAAGACUUGGAAAAUUUUCUGCAAGAAUUGGAAAAUUUUCUGCAAGAAUUUGCGAAGAAGUUGAAAUCAAAAGCCUUGUGUAUCAAUGGAGGGACAUACUGGCUGGUUUCGUCAGUUGCAGAGGGAGGCAAACAGAGAAAGGAGAUUUUUACUCUUGAGUGCCAACCCCUUGCUGUUAAUAACAGAAUUGCUCAUGGGAAAUGGUCAUUUGGAAUUUUGGGAUAGUACAAGGGGCACAUUGUCUUUAGCCAAUUGCAAAGGGAGGCAACGAGGGAAGCAGAUUUUUUUACACAAUGGUGCAAGGGAAAUAGUCAUUCGGAAUUUUGGGAUGGUACAGAGGGCACAUUGCCACGGUGGAAAUUGUAAAUUUAUGACAAUUUAUAUGGAAAAGUUUCUAAUCAAAACACAAAGAUUUAAGCAAAAUUGAAUUACGCAUGAACCUGGAAUACAAUGUCGAAAUACAAUGUCACAGGAAAUUGGAUCCCAAUAUUGGUUACAGUAGAGGUAAGUUCUUGAUAAAUUGGAGAGCAAGAAUUUCAUCACAUCUUGAACUCAGGAUCAGGAAGUUUGGGCUGUCCCAAGGGAACUCUUUGUAAAUUAGAUGGCGGUGCGAAGACGUGUCGCGUUCAUGAUCUCCUGCUAUUGCUAUCGCAAUUAAAGAGUAGAAAGAAGUUUUUUUGUGGUAUAAUUCAGCAGAAUCAGGCUAUUAUACAUUUUCUUGAAAUGUGCAUUGUUCGAUUCAUUCCCAUUUGAGAUAGGAAAGAUGUUUUCCCUAACCUUCACAAACAUGGGAAGCGAUGAAGUUUUCAAAAUUCCAAUCUUAGGGAAGGGCAUGGCAUGGAUUCUUGUAUUUGGAACCUUUAAUUUCAAAUUAUCUUAUUUCACUAAGGAUAUUAAAGAAAAUUGUGAGUUGUAAUGUAGUAGAUUCUAUUUCAAGUCAUUAAAGGUAAAAUUGAUAAAAAUUAUUAAUGUGGUUAGUUAAAAAAAAAAAAAAGUGUAUGGUAUAGCUAGCAUGAUAGAAUUGCCCCUCUUGAAUCGGUCAACACGUCUUGAAGUAAUUUACCAUAAUGGCCCUCGCGUUCCUGUAUAAAUUAAGGGCCGUAAAUUAUCAUUGGAUGUCUUAAAUAAUAUCAACGCUCAAGCCUUCUCCAAAUGUCGAAGAAAGCAAACCAGAAGGGCCUUUAAAUACCAUACGUUCCUUCCCCUUCUGCUCUUGUCCUGUGACUGGGUCUAUUGUAGUUCCAGACUUGACUAUUAUAGCCAUAGUGCGAUGCCGACUGCUGCUUUCUCGAAUGACUCCUAACUUUAAUAAAGCUGCAAUAUGCUUUUGGAAAGUUGCUUUUAGUGCUGGCGUGCAGCACACCUUUCUUCUUUGGGACUGCUGUCUCUGUCCCUUCUACUUUCAGUUGAGAAAGUUUGGUUGAUAACUCUGAAAUGGAGCUUUCCAAGUUUUCCGGUGCUUUUCCCUUUAAUACGUGUUGUUGUAACUGCUGGACCUGCAACUGCAAUAAAUUGAGCUUUUCAGUAAGCUCAGUUACGAUAAGCAGGAUAGUGUUAUUUUGCUUUAUGAUUGCGCCCAGUUGUGCAAGGGUAUUCCGGUAUUCUGCUGGUCGUGCAAAACCAACGGCUGGUGGUUCGAUUGCUUCGGUUGCGGUGACUGCGUCUUUGUAAGUUUGUUUGUCUGCAGUCGUUUGCCAGGAAGUCAUCCACCGAUUAAGGUUUUGACUUCGUGCAAUACGCUCUCCACCUUCUUAAUCUGUUUGUUGAGCUCUUCUGUGAGUUUGAGUGCUUGCUCUUCUACCAAUUUUGGUUGUUUGGAGAUCUCAACCACUAAUUCUCGAAUUUCAGAUUUGGAGAGGGGUUUAGAUGAAUGGAUUUCUUUUUCAAGGGAAGAGAUGUGUUUGCGAAGAUUAACAAUUUCACACUUGAAAGAUUGAUUUUCUUCCAAAACUUGUUUAAAGUGCUUUAAACUGACUUUUGCAAAUAGACUGACUCGAUCAUACACAACAGAAAUAUUAUUAUGUAACAGAGAUAGAGUAGGCUUUUGAUUUUCAGCAAGGUCUAAAUAUUCUAAAUUUGCUGUUACAGACUCUUCGUACCACUUCUUAAUGGCACUUUCAAACCGUUCAGACAUAUACCGUGACUAGGUGAGUACCUCACUCAAAGGCAAUCUAGUUACAGGCAACUCCUUUGCCUUCGCCUAGAUUGAAGCUCUGAGACUUUUGCUUAACACAACAAAUCGCGAUACAGAAUGAAGCAAUUUAAAAAUGAACUAAGGUUCUUACGAAGAGAGUAAUAAACAAAAGAGAAAUUAAACCUUGCUCUGAUACCAAGUAAGGAUCGCCUUUCGAAACUCUGGGUGAUAGAACACACGAAGUUUAUUAGAUUGAAAGGAUUUUACAAAGCGGAAUGAUAGAGAGAUAGAGAGAAUAUCAGCUCAAGUUAUGCUUGAAUGCGUGAUAAACUCUUUGCACACAACUCUACUUAUAGCGAAAGAAAGGUUGAAUGUCAUUAUCAGCGGGUGCUCAUUGGGCCCCAUCGUCCUGAUAAAGAGAUUCACUCUUAUCGCUUACAAAGAUAAUGCGCUAAUAGCGCCAAACGACUUUACACAAACCGACAAAAAUACACACUUUCCUAAGGGGAGAUGGCACAUGGACGGCCACGUUUGCAUCUUUUCUAAAAGAUCUCCCCGACAUACUUUAAUUAUUUAGUUGCCUAACUCGUACCCUAGGCACAUGGGUGUAGGGCUCACCACUGCUUUUUCAGAGAGAGACGUCCAACUCCAACGUCUUUUCAAGGGCUUGGCGUGCUUUUUCAAAAGCUUCACGGUUCUGGAUGAGUAGAGGAAAGAGGUCCCCAUAGUAGUUAUCACUUGUUGCCGACACUUGAAAGUAUUGGGCUUGGCCGACAGAAUUUGUGACAUUUCAGCCAGUGAAGCCAGGACGCAGGUUUUGGUGAUUUCGAAUGUGGACCGGGCCUUUUUGGCGAUGCGAUCAUAUUCGGUUGCAGCCAUAGGCCUGUUGUGUAAUUCACGAAGCCUGUCUCGAUAAUUUGCUGCAAGCUGUAAAAUAGCAUUGAGUUGAUCAGGAUCGUCCACUGGGUUAUGUCCUCGGGAACUGCCAGCUCCGUCAGCCAUGAGUCCUGUUGACACAGAAACAAUCUCUGUUCACUAACAGAGUUAUCCAGGAGUAAAGGUGUAACAAGGCGUGAUAAAUUAUCUGCUAACACAUUUUGUUUUCCAUCUAUGUGUUCAAAAAUUAAUUUUAACGCCUGUUCCUGUAAUGAAAUCCGUGAAGGCCAACCAUCUAACUCGAGAGGGUUUAUUGACUGCUGAUUUAUUAUAGAAGCUAAUAAUAGCUUGGCAGUCUGUUCUCAGAGUUAUUUCUUCCUUAUCCAAGUAGUGGAUCUUAAGGGCAUUUAAAGUCUCCAUGCAGGCAUAGAUUUCAGCAUCUAUGGAAGACUUGACUGUGGGAAAUUUGCCAUUUGCGUAUACGCACACACGCUCUGUAGACCUGGGGUCUGCUUUUGCCUUUUUCCACUUACAGACACCUCCCCAACCUUCCAUACAACCAUCAGUUUCAAGCACGAUGUAUGCUGUUGGAGGUGCAACAUCCAGGUCUGGUAACUGCUGUAUUUGGGCUUUGAUUUCACGAACAAGGGCCCAGUCUGAAGGUUUAAAGCGCUUAUCUCCAUGUGGGCUGGUCUUCUCAUAGAGUGGGCCUAGUUUAGUCCCCAGCUUAGGAAUAUAUGAACGGGCAUAGUUGAGUAUGCCUAACCAUGAUCGUUACAUAAUAAUAUUUCUGUUGUGUAUGAUCGAGUCAGUCUAUUUGCAAAAGUCAGUUUAAAGCACUUUAAACAAGUUUUGGAAGAAAAUCAAUCUUUCAAGUGUGAAAUUGUUAAUCUUCGCAAACACAUCUUUUCCCUUGAAAAAGAAAUUCAUCUAAACCCCUCUCCAAAUCUGAAAUUCGAGAAUUAGUGGUCGAGAUCUCCAAACAACCAAAAUUGGUAGAAGAGCAAGCACUCAAACUCACAGAAGAGCUCAACAAACAGAUUAAGAAGGUGGAGAGCGUAUUGCACGAAGUCAAAACCUUAAUCGGUGGAUGACUUCCUGGCAAACGACUGCAGACAAACAAACUUACAAAGACGUAGUCACCGCAACCGAGGCAAUCGAACCACCAGCCGUUGGUUUUGCACGACCAGCAGAAUACCGGAAUACCCUUGCACAACUGGGCGCAAUCAUAAAGCAAAAUAACACUAUCCUGCUUAUCGUAACUGAGCUUACUGAAAAGCUCAAUUUAUUGCAGUUGCAGGUCCAGCAGUUACAACAACACGUAUUAAAGGGAAAAGCACCGGAAAACUUAGAAAGUUCCAUUUCAGAGUUUUCAACCAAACUUUCUCAACUGAAAGUAGAAGGGACAGAGACAGCAGUCCCAAAGAAGAAAGGUGUAUGUUUACAAAAAGCCUUCUGACAUCCUUGAGCAAGAGAAGGCCCGAAAAUGAGCAGAUCUACUAGAUUUGGCUCAACCACGGUCACAGAACGACCACCUGCUGUACUUCCCAGAACCUCAACCAGUAAUCGGCGAACAAUCAAUUUUGAGGACCAGAUUCGUAACUAUCGGACUAAUCAGAGACGCCUGUACAACUUGCAGCGGCGACUUUCCAGGAAUAGCAGACGAUACAGACGGACAAUUGAGUCUCAGCUAGAUCCUACAGAUGCAGAUUGGAGAAAAUAAAUUCAGAAUCCCAUUCACCUACAGCUUCGACAUGAAUUUAGGAGAUGGGAUCCAAAUGAUUGUCGGAUGCAACUUCAUACGUGGCAUGCAAGGAGGCGUCCGCAUUGAAGGACAACAGGUCACCUUCUACAAAAAUUUGACAACCAUCGAAACAUCACUCUCAGCUGGAGCUUGCAUAGAGGAGUGUGACCCCACAGUCUUGGCAGACAUCUCUGUUUUUAGUGCUGUCCCAUCAAAUAAACGAUUCUUGGACAAAUAUAAAGGAAUCCUGGACAGAUUAAGAGAACAGGGUUUUAUUGGUGAAGACCCACUAAAGCAUUGGGAAGCGAAUGGCAUCAAGUGUCAUAUCGAUGUCAUCAAUCCUGAUAUAACAAUUCAAGAUCCGCCCUUGAAACAUGUGACCCCCGCACUCAAAGCAACUUUCCAAAAGCAUAUUGAUGCCCUGCUGAAACUUGGCGUUAUCAGGGAAAGUAACAGCAGACACCGCACCAUGGCAAUGAUAGUAAAAUCAGGGACCACUAUCGACCCAGUCACGGGAAAGGAACAAAAGGGCAAGGAAAUGAUGGUGUUCAAUUAUCGAACGCUAAAUGAUAAUACCUACAAAGAUCAAUACAGCCUGCCAGGUAUUAACACCAUCUUAAAGAAAGUAGGAUACGCAAAGAUCUAUUCAAAGUUUGAUCUAAAAAGCGGUUUCCAUCAAAUUGCUAUGGAUAAAGAGUCCAUUCCUUGGACAGCGUUCAUAGUCCCACAAGGAUUAUUUGAAUGGUUGGUGAUGCCUUUUGGACUUAAGAAUGCCCCUGCCCUGUUUCAAAGGAAAAUGGACCAAUGUUUUCAAGGCACUGAGGACUUUAUUGCUGUCUAUAUUGAUGACGUCCUCAUCUUUUCAGCCUCUGAGCAGGAACAUCACAAACAUCUCCAAAUAAUGCUUGACAGGUGUAAGAAGCAUGGAUUAAUCCUAUCCCCUACCAAGAUGGUGAUUGCUGUUCCAGAAGUUUAUUUCCUUGGAGCAGUUCUCGGAAGGCAAAAACUUAAACUGCAACCGCACAUUAUCCAGAAAAUAGCUAAUUUCAAGGAUAAGGAUUUGCAGGAGAAGAAGGGCUUACGAUCAUGGUUAGGCAUACUCAACUAUGCCCGUUCAUAUAUUCCUAAGCUGGGGACUAAACUAGGCCCACUCUAUGAGAAGACCAGCCCACAUGGAGAUAAGCGCUUUAAACCUUCAGACUGGGCCCUUGUUCGUGAAAUCAAAGCCCAAAUACAGCAGUUACCAGACCUGGAUGUUGCACCUCCAACAGCAUACAUCGUGCUUGAAACUGAUGGUUGUAUGGAAGGUUGGGGAGGUGUCUGUAAGUGGAAAAAGGCAAAAGCAGACCCCAGGUCUACAGAGCGUGUGUGCGCAUACGCAAAUGGCAAAUUUCCCACAGUCAAGUCUUCCAUAGAUGCUGAAAUCUAUGCCUGCAUGGAGACUUUAAAUGCCCUUAAGAUCCACUACUUGGAUAAGGAAGAAAUAACUCUGAGAACAGACUGCCAAGCUAUUAUUAGCUUCUAUAAUAAAUCAGCAGUCAAUAAACCCUCUCGAGUUAGAUGGUUGAACACAUAGAUGGAAAACAAAAUGUGUUAGCAGAUAAUUUAUCACGCCUUGUUACACCUUUACUCCUGGAUGACUCUGUUAGUGAAUAGAGA